AUGAAUGCCGAGAUCGUGGCUCUUCAAGACAACCACACCUGGGAACUCACCGACCUUCCCCCAGGCAAAACACUAAUAGGGUGCAAAUGGAUUUUUAAAGUCAAGUUGCGCUCGGAUGGCACAGUCGAACGGCACAAGGCGAGGCUUGUAGCGAAGGGAUUCACUCAACAAUUUGGUGUGGAUUAUUUGGAGACAUUCUCCCCGGUUGCUAGACUAACCACCAUUCGAACUCUACUGGCUGUGACCACAUCUAAAGAUUGGAACAUCCAUCAAAUGGAUGUCAACAACGCCUUCCUACACGACGACUUAAAUGAGGAUGUUUAUAUGGUUUUGCCUCCCGGAUUUCAGAGUGAGAAGCCCAACCAAGUCUGUAAGUUGCUUCGAUCAUUAUACGGACUCAAACAAGCGAGUCGUCAGUGGAAUGAGAAAUUGAGUUCGGCUCUGCUACAAAUCGGCUUCCAACAGUCCAAGACCGAACCUUCUUUACUUACCAAAGGGGUAGAUGACAACUUCAUUGCCUUGCUAAUAUAUGUCGACGACAUAAUUGCUGCCAGCCCCAGUAUUCAAGCAAUUAACGCUGUUAAAGAAUUCCUAGAUGCUGCGUUUAAAAUCAAAGACCUGGGGUCUAUCAGUUACUUCCUGGGAAUAGAAGCACGCAAAGUGAAUGGUGGUUUGAAUCUCUGCCAACGGAAAUUUGCGUUAGACAUCCUUGACGAGGCAGGCUUUAUUGACUGUAAGCCGGCGAGAUCUCCCAUGGCACAAGGACUGAAACUUACGCAUGAUGAUGUUACUCCUUUGCCAGAUCCCAGCAGUUACAGAAGACUGGUGGGGCGUAUGCUCUAUCUCACUGCCACGAGACCGGAUAUAGCUUACUACGUCCAGCAAUUGAGCCAGUUCGUGGACUGCCCUACUGACAAGCAUAUGUUAGCCGCACACCGCAUUCUGAGAUACAUCAAGCAAGCUCCAGGUCAAGGGUUGUUGUUCCCUAAACACUCUGAGCUUCAUCUGAAUGUGUUCUCAGACUCCGAUUGGGCUGCUUGUUCCGAGAGCCGGAAAUCCAUUACCAGCUACUGUGUUUUUUUGGGCAAUGCUCUAAUCUCCUGGAAAUCAAAGAAGCAGAGCACAGUCUCACGAUCUUCAUCCGAAGCUGAAUAUAGAGCAUUGGCUGCUACCACCUGUGAAAUUCAAUAG